AAUGUUAUAGCGAUGGUUUAAUUGAAGUAGUUACAUAGAAUUGUUUGGCAGAUGAUAAACAAACAUAUCCGUUAGUUCGUGUGUGGUUCUAUCUUUUAUAUUCUUAUCAAUAAACAUUUAUCCAGCAAAAGUUUUUAAUAAUUAAGGAAAUUUCGUGCUGAAAAUAUCACACAAAAAUCUGGAAAUGGAUUCUGAAGAAAAUUCUCGGACUGAGAGCCUGACCGGAGAAAUGGCGUCCUCGGCUAAAGCUGUCCAGCUGUCGUCCAAAGCCACGGCAUUCUCGAUCGCCGCCAUCAUGGGAGGGGUGUCCGCCUCCGCCACCCCGGAGAGCCCGAGGGCCAAAGAAAGUCUACCCGUGCUUGAAAAAUUUGUAGAGGACCAUUCUGAAGCUAACCCAAGUAGUGUGAAAGUGGAAGGAGUGACCGAGGUGGACGCGGAGAGUGAUGAAGUUUCCACAACCACAUCUCCCGCCUGCAGCCGCGAACUCGCGGGAGUGGAGUGUCGUCUGGAAACCAAGGAUUUAUGGGACAAAUUCCACGAACUGGGCACGGAGAUGAUCAUCACUAAAACCGGGAGGCGCAUGUUCCCGACUUUUCGUGUCUCGUUCACCGGAAUUGAUCCGGAGUGGCGCUACAUGGUCCUGAUGGACAUUGUUCCCGUGGACAACAAGCGGUACAGGUACGCCUACCACCGCUCGUCCUGGCUAGUGGCGGGAAAAGCCGACCCUCCCCUUCCCACACGUCUUUACAUGCACCCCGACUCACCCUUCACCGGUGAGCAGCUCCAGAAACAGACGGUGUCCUUUGAGAAACUGAAGUUGACCAACAAUAUGCUUGACAAAAAUGGACAUAUUAUAUUAAAUUCUAUGCACAAAUAUCAGCCGAGGAUCCAUAUUGUAAAGAAGAAAGAAUCCUCGGGAAACCAGCCGAUUUCUAGUCUGGACGCCGAGGAGUUUAAGACAUUCAUAUUUCCUGAAACUGUUUUCAUCGCAGUAACUGCCUACCAAAAUCAACUGAUUACAAAGCUGAAAAUAGAUAGCAAUCCAUUUGCAAAAGGCUUUAGAGAUUCUACAAGACUUACAGAAUUUGAAAGCUCUGGGAUGGGUCCGGAUUACAGCUACCCCCUGAUGUACCGGGAGGGUAUGGAGUCCCUAAUGCAGCACCACGCCUACACGAGGUCCCCCCUGAGGUCCUACACAGAGACGGACCUCGAGGAGACCCUCAAACAGCACAGGGAAUUCCUGUCCAAAGAAGAGAGCGGAAACCUGGAGAAAUCUGGAAUGGUUCCUCCGUGGCCGGUCUGGCGCCCCAUCCCUUCCACAUUUUCUCCAUCCUACAUGCCAAACGAUCGCUCCCUGUACACCUUGUAUGGUGGCCUUUUUGGUUUGAACACAAACUUUAUGAUUCCACCAAUGGCCUUUCACUCGCUAGUGAACGCAAACAACCUCAGACUUAGAGAAGGUAUCCCGACUACUUCCGCUUCCUUUACAGACAAUGUGUACCCGUCAACUUCCUCUUACCGGUAUCAUCCGUACCUCACACCCGACAAGAUUGCAGCGGCACAGAAAGCGGCCGAGUCAUCGGUCGCCGAGAGCUGCCGACAUUGAUGUCGGAUGAUGCUGUGAAAUACCGUUGUCUUUCAUAUAACAGUUAUUAUAAAGCUAGUCUUGCCAGGAAAAAUAUACAGUUUCAAAGUUGAAACCGAUAUUAUUUCAUAUGUUUGUUUUAAAAAUCAAGUGAAUCAGCCCAUGAUUUUAUUAGAAAAAAAAGUUUGAGAUGUCUUCACAAACAAUGUUUUUGUGGGUUUUUUUACUUUAUGUAAUUUUAAGAAUUUUCUUUAUGUGAAUCUGCAUAUACAUCAUGCAGUUGGUCUUGCAUGUAAAUUACUCACGACGAUAGCUCUCCCGUGUUUUAUUUGGAUUCUCAUGACUUUGCAACUUGAAUGGUUAUUUAACGUUAAUAUGUUAAUUUAUUGUUUCUCAGGUCAGUUGUGGACUCUGUCGAUCUAAAUUUGUUGUUUACAUGUGUGACAUAGUUGAGUUUUGUUGAAUAGUGCUAAUUCUAUGUGCUUUUGAAGUUGUGAUAUGUAUGGUUUCUACAUAUGAUAUAACAGGUGUGAAUCUGCGUUGCGUUUUACAGAAUAAUUUGUGUUAUAAUCAAUAAAAAUCAGCCUUGAACAUAA